AGACUGUGUUGAUGUUUCUUCUCGUGUAAUUUCUUUCUCGACUCAAUUAAAGAAAUAUAUGAUAAAUUUGUGCUUUAUUUGAAGGAGUACAAGAUGCCAAGGAAGUGCAUGGUCUGUGGUCUAACACAGACCAACAAUCUGGCUGUGUUUACUUUCCCCAAGUCACAACACCAGAAGUCUGCGUGGGUUACUGCCAUACAGCAGGUGAUUCCUGGCUUCUGUGCUCCACAGGACGAUGGUGAGCCACUGUCUAACAGGAGUGGGGUGUGUGAGAACCACUUUCUUCCUGAGGACAUAAGGAAGGGCAAGAAGAAGAGCCUUCAGCGCAAAGCCAUCCCUGCACUUGCUGUUGACCAGAGCUUGCCCACCAGCACCCCCUCCAGAAAGGUCUUGGCAGUCCAGUUCUCAGUGCCUGGGGAUGAGAAUGGUGAUCAGGCCUUCCUGAUAAGCGAUGAAGAGGAUACAUUUAGGACUGCAGAGUGUGAGGAGAGAUAGGAAGGCAGACCUGUGGGAAGUGAAUGAGGGACACACUAGUGCUGGAUCUUGUCUAGGUCUUGAUUUUGAUGACUACCUCCCAGGGAAUGACAAAUCAGCUUACAAUGACUGCUCUGAUGGCUAUGAGGACCAAAAGUUGUUUUCUGAGGGGGAUGUGAGCAGGAGAGCUUUAGGGAAAGAUUUGUGUCUUGUCUGUGGGAAGGAUAAUAAGAGCUCAAGAUUGACAUGCAUCUUACAGCUGGAUGCACACGCCAGCGGAGAAUGCACCAGUCUCUGUCUGUCUCGUAUUGUAAGCAAGCCAAAGCGGGAGUUGAUGUCCAUCAGCAUGAAGAUCUGCUCAAGAUGUACCAACCUCGUGCAGGAGGUCACACAUCUAGAGGAGGACCUUAAAUACAAGAAGCAAAACAUAAAGAAUAUGUAUAACGCUACACUUCAGACUCACAAAGACAGUGCCGCUGUUCCCUCAUCCUUCUCACAGGCUUCAUCCCCUUUAUCUGAGGAAGUUGUUAAUAGUCUCAGUGAGGUGCCAGAUGUAAACCUAGACCUUGUGAAGGGUAGUGAGCUUGAUAAGGAUGGUGAGAUGUCAGAUAAUACCAGGAAAAGUUCACGUAGACAGGCAUCAGCAAAAAAAUACUGCUGUCCUCAGUGCAAAGAGGUGUUCUCGAGUUUGGCUCUCUGGGUUCACCAUCUAUCAAAACACCAGGAGAUGGAUGAGUCUACACUCAAAGUUGCAAAACAGUCAAGCAAUAAAACAAAAAAGCUUACCAAGGUUGGAACACACACAUGUGAAGAAUGUGGGAAGAAGUUUGUAUGCAAACAGACCCUUCUGGCACAUGCAGCUGCCCACCAGAAGGGUUCUGAGUGCACCAUUUGUGGACGUUACCUCACAACAAAAGCUCGGUUAAAAGUCCAUAUGUACAAGUUUCAUGACAUUGGUGAAGGGAAGAAUAAGGAGGUAGAGUGUACAGAUUGUGGGAAGUGUUUUGGCACUAAAGCUGGUUUGCGUUAUCAUCGAAAUGUGGUCCAUCACACUGGCACUAAGUAUGUGUGCGAGCAUUGCAAUAAAAUGUUCUAUUACCAUGUCCCGUACAAAAGCCAUUUGCUUCAUGCUCAUGGUGAAAAGAAAAUAGUGUGUGAGACUUGUGGAGAGAAGUUUUUCACAGUGUCAAAACUCAACACACACAUCAAUGCUGUCCACAGAAGUGCAGAGUCCUGGACCUGUAAGGAGUGUCAGACCAAGUUUACAACGUACACUGCCUACCGCCAUCACAGAAAUGUGAAGCACCUCAAAAUCCAACACGCAUGUGACUACUGCAAUGCACAAUUCAGGAAGAAGUCCUCUCUGGUGGUUCACCUGUGGAAGCAUUCAGUGUACCUGUGCCAGCAGUGCCAGGAGAGCUUCUCAAGUGCAGAGGAACUGAAGACACACAUGGCGAGAUCCCAUGGCAAGGUAGUCAUGUGGAAAGACAAGAGGAAGGCCAACCCUGUCCUCUUGUCAGAGAAGAAAGAGAGCAAUAAUGAGGACACACUGCAGGAGAAACCAGAAUCCCAAGAGCACAUACAACCUAGUGAACAUGUGGCUUCCAUUGUCAUAAAUGAUUUGCUUAUGACAGCAGAAUCCUAUGACAACAGCAGCCUACAGCCUUUCUCCCUGGCCAACUGUGAGAAGCUGCCAGAAAAGCAAAGUUAUGCUAGUGAUGGGGAUAUGAAGGUCAAGACCCUGAGUAUAAUUGACACAACACAAGAGCUAAGUGGGGUUGAGCACAUGCAGUUUGGCACUGUGGAAACUUUGGAAAUCAAGUCCUCACCUGACCACAUUGAGAUGGCAUCAGGGGUGUCACUCAUCAAUGUCCAGAUUCUUGGUGACAUGGAAAUCUCACAGACAGACACACUAGGGGACCUCAAGAGCAGCAUGCUAGCAGAUGCAGCUGACCAUCUCACACAUGAUGGCCAGAUGGACAACGAGGACAACAUGGCCAGUCACCUGAGGGUUGAGAUGCAUCACCUUGCAGGAGAAGACCUAGCUGUUGACAAUGAUCUGGAAGCUACAAAUCACACUUUAGAAGCAGAGGAUCAUCUAGAACCACCUUGUCACUUGAAGGUAGAUGAUUUGGAAAACUCAUGUCACCUAGAGUCUUCAGAACUUGAGAGCUCCUGCCACCUGGAGACUGCAAGCCAUUUGGAGUCUUGCUGUCACCUCAACCACACAAGCACACCUGAGCCACAGAGCCACCUGGAUGGCCCUGAUCACCUGGAAGUACAAAAUCAGCUGGAGCAAACCAGCCUCCCACCUCCCAGCCAUCUGGAGGUAGUGGAUCACAUGGCCUCUCCUCGUCUAAGGGAUGUGGCCUCCCUCGGUACAACCAAUGACAACUCGGAUCCUUCUAGCCAACUGAGUGACAGCACUCCCAUAACAUCUGACCACUUGCAGAUCCAGCACCACAUUGAGGCUACAGUACAUCUGGACUCGGCCAACUCCCAUCCGAGUGCAAGCCAAUGCUCCCUGCCAGCCAUGAUCACUCAGAUGGACAGCCAGGUAGACGAGGAUAUGGCCACGCACAUCAGCCAGGAGAUGCACAACAUGACACAGGAUGUGGAUGCACAGAUGGAUGAGCAGGUGGAGGAAAAUCUUGGCACACAGAUGGAGGCAGAGAUUGACCAAAUUGCAGAGGUAGAUUCACAGAUGGUGGAGCAGGAGGAAGACUGCAUAGUUGCCCAGAUGGACACGGAGAUUGUGGACCAGGUAGGAGCACACCUUGCAACUGAAGGUGGGCCACAUCUCUGCAAACAGGUUGACACAGAAAUGAUGGAGGAGAGCAUGGACAAGCAGACAGAGAAAAUGGAGGGGGUGGAGCUGGAGCCCUUCCCUGUCACCCUGGAUGGCAAAGGGGAAGUGCAGUACCAAUAUGUCAUGUACAUAUCAGCACAGGGGGAUGACUGCCAAC